AUGGCUUGCUUCCUGUUAACUCACCACUGCAGCUCUGAUUACCGUGCUCUGUGUUGAUAACAGACAGGCUCACACACGCCGACCCGAAUGCACAGCAGUUGCGUCCUCAGUCCGCGGAACGGAACGACACACAGCGAGCUGUGUCCAGGGCUUUAAGACUAUGAAGACCUGCGGGGGGAUUAAGUAUACAUUGUUUGCCUGCUGCUAUAUUUUCUGGGUCUCCAGUGCUGUGUUGAUAUCAGUGGGUAUCUAUGCAAAAAUAGCGAAAGAAGGAGGUGCGGUCGACUCACUGACAGCAGACCCAGCUCUCCUGUUGAUAGUGGUCGGCUCUCUCAUGUUUAUCAUCACAUUUUUCGGCUGUUUUGGGGCCCUGAGGGACGCACUGAAUCUGCUGAACAUUUUUGCGGGGAUUCUGGUUGCCAUUAUUGUCCUGCAGAUUGCAGCUGCUGCACUCGGAUUCGUAUUUUCUGACUUGGUGCUGAUCAGAACAGAGGCUGUCAUGAGGAGAGGGAUCACCACAUACAGAGAUGACCUUGACCUGCAAAACCUCAUUGACUUUGUACAGAAGAAGUUUCAGUGCUGUGGGGUUAGCCAGUACACAGACUGGUCACACAAUGUGUAUUUUAAUUGUGUCGACUCGAACCCAAGUCUCGAGCGCUGUGGUGUGCCCUACUCCUGCUGCAUUAAAAACAAUGAGUCUAUCCUAAACACCAUGUGUGGGUAUGGUAUGCAGAGUUUUAAGGCCUGGUCUAUUGAAGACAAGAUCCACCUGAAUGGCUGUCUGAAGAAGAUUGGGACAUGGGGAAGACAGAACCUGCUUAUUAUUGGAGGAAUAACUACAGGGCUGUGCUUGCUGGAGAUUUUUAUGAUUACAUUGGCUGCAGUUCAGACCUACCAGAUCAAGAAAAUACGAGAGAAAAGGAGAAAGUCAACUGUGAGAAAAUCUAAUCCCAGCUAUGAAACUACUUUCAUGAGUUAAAACUUUGAGCAGAAGAACACACACAACACUGUAGACUUCUCUGGAUUGCUGUCGGGUGGGUCUGGGUAUUUUCCUAUAGUCCUCUGGAAUACUGUGUUCAUUUGUCUUUGGAGUCAAUUACUGCUUCUGUGGUAAACUAACCGGGCCUCAUAAAACAAGUUGAGAGCUGGAAGUACUGAAAAGUCCUGUUAAAUGUAGGAUACUAACCUAAAAGUAAUUGUAACUAGCAAAAUAAUUUCCGACGCAUUUGCUACAUAUAUUAGCUGUGUGUGUGUGUGUGUGUGUGUGUUGAAAGAAACACAUGUUAUAGCAAACAUGUAUUUUAAUUUUGAAACAUCCGCUACUGCAUUAUUCUAAGACCGUUCUCCAUUUCCAUGUCUCUCUCUUCUUGACUGUACUACUGGCUAAAGGAAAGUAGUCAGGUUUAUGGUUGGUUUAUGACAGGAGAGAAGCCCAGGAAGUGCAACACUAUCUGAAAGCAUGGCUUACAAACAUUUCUUUACCUACUGUAAUGUAGUACCAGCUGUUUUAAAAUAACAAGUUUACUAUAACAAGCUUUAUUCAGAACUGCAUAUCUGAGACCUACAUAAGGAAUGGAAGGGCACGGCAGGUAAUAUUUAUGGAAUUUAUCUUUAAACUUUAAUGUGAUGUGAUUAAUGACUUGUAAAUGUGAUUUCUUUUUUUUUUUUAGAUUUAAAAAAUAAAUGUAAUACAUGCUUUUUAGUACUGGAGGUGUGGGAUCAAAUCCAGCUAGUCCGACCCCAAGCGGUUUAUGAUUCAAACAGGAUGCAGGCUCAAGGAGGGCAAAAGCAGCCUUCCACCAAAACUGGAGCGGCUGUCUUCCUGUGUCAUCUGGGCGGAGUGUGCACUCAGGCAGGCUCUGCUGUAAGAAGCCGGGCGGAGCGUGCACUCAGGCAGGCUCUGCUGUAAGAAGCCGGGCGGAGCGUGCACUCAGGCAGGCUCUGCUGUAAGAAGCCGGGCGGAGCGUGCACUCAGGCAGGCUCUGCUGUAAGAAGCCGGGCGGAGUGUGCACUCAGGCAGGCUCUGCUGUAAGAAGCCGGGCGGAGUGUGCACUCAGGCAGGCUCUGCUGUAAGAAGCCGGGCGGAGUGUGCACUCAGGCAGGCUCUGCUGUAAGAAGCCGGGCGGAGUGUGCACUCAGGCAGGCUCUGCUGUAAGAAGCCGGGCGGAGUGUGCACUCAGGCAGGCUCUGCUGUAAGAAGCCGGGCGGAGUGUGCAGUCAGGCAGGUGCCGCCCACAGUGUUAAAUACAAACUGAAUCAUUUAUUUAAAUAAACGCAUUAAGGGCAGA